CACCCAUUAACCUCUCAGCUACAUUGACGAUGCAAUAAGGAAGUGGAACCAGAAGCUCUUUUCUCCGAGUUCCUUACACGUUAGUCUUUCAGUAUAAAGAUCAAGGGUUGUGUCUUUUCAGAUUAGGAGAAGUGUUACUGGGGCAUUUUGUGACGCUAUUAGAAAACCAGGAAAGAAGAAUUUUGGGGACUGUUUUGGCAACUUUAUCCAAAGGUGCAGCAUGAAUGGAGCCAGUUCUUCCAGCAUGGAAGAAAUCCCUUUGGAUGAUGUGGACAGAAACAGCAUGGAAUACAGAAUGCUUAUGGCCUAUGCCCAGCGCCGCUUGUCUGCCAGCAAAUAUGAGCAACUUUUAAAAGAGGAAGCAAAGAGUCCGGGAGGAACACCCCUCUACAAGGAGGAUACGCAGGCAGGUGAUCCUGUACAUGAAAGAAAGAAACUUGAAAGCUCAUCCCCUGAGGAUCAAAAACAGCCUGCGAAAAACUGGAGCCAGAAGAAGAGGAAGAAGAAAACCAUGAAAUCCACCUGGAAACAUCUUCUGUUUCCUUCUUGUCUGAGGGCACAAAUAGAUGAGGAGGCCCCACAGAGAUUAGCAAGGGAAGACACUGUAAAUGGAUAUGGGUUCAUGGAAUGUGCCCAUGCCACACCUUUACCAGAGGCACAAGGUACUUGCUUUACAGAUGACCCUGCCAUCACUCUUGUGGCAGCCAGGCUUGCUGAAAUAAUUGAUAAUUCCAGAUCUUCCGAGCAGGAUGGUUUCAAAGCAUUGGCGCAUUCUGAGAGUCUAGAAGAAGAUGGUGGAUGGACCAGUGAAGCCAGACUUGAAGAUGUUGAUGGAAAGGAUGAUGAAGAAAAGAUAAUAAACACAAUAGUUGCCUUCUUAAGAAAAUCAGGAGAUGAACUGCAAACAAAGAUUGAAAAAGAUAAGAGUUUUCUUCAACGCAUCUUAGACCUGAUGUCCUAUACAUUCUAUCGGAGAGUAACCAACCAGUUCCUAGGGGAUGCUCUCGCAGCAGGCUCCACAAUGGACUCUGAGAUCCAUGUUCAAAGGACCAAGAUUGCUCUUGCGAUGGAGGUCACAGCGAGACUUAGUGUUUUGGGCAGUCAUCCCAUGAACAUUGUGCUUGGCUUUGGAACAAAAUACCUCAAGGAUCAUUUUAGCCCUUGGAUCAACAGCCAAGGGGGAUGGGAGAAAGCAUUAGGAUUACCAGACCAGGAAGAAGUGGAAUGAUGAAAGAAUUUGUUCUUCAGGAGGUGUUCCUUAAUUUGAAGCUGUGGAUUGAGAUGCGAACAUCCCCUCAAACUUUUAAAAGACAUCUGCCCUAUCCAGGUGUUAGAAUUACCAGGUUCUUGAACAUGCUGAGAGAAGGGUUUUUUUUUUCCUUCCUCCACCAUUUGUCACUUACUUCACCUCAUGACAUAGGUGGAAGAGGAAGGUUCUCAUUUAUGUGCAGGCCCUACAUUCAAGCAGGAAUCCAACUUUUGCAGGCAUUCCUCUCUAAAUUCAUUCAAGAAACUGGUUUUCUAAUGCCCAUAAACAGGGCUUUUGUCUGUGGCACCAAAAUGCCAGGGUAUGUGCAAUGAAGAUAUGUUGUCGUUCAGUCGUAACAGACUUUUUUUGAUACAGGCCCUGUGCUGGAACCUGGUGUGACAGGAUGAAUGCCAGGGUCUGAAGGCCCAUGAGAGCCUUCUUUUGAUUUCUUCCUCUCAACAGAAAACACUGGAUGAUGGAGCUGCACCAUCUUUGUCAUCCCAGAGUCCAGAAACAUUCUGCUGUAAUGGUGGCUACUUUGCAUCUUAGCCUUGAAUGGUUCCUUGCCUUCCUUGCAUUGCUUCCUGUCCUUGGUGCCAGCCACACAGGCCAGUAAGAUUAGUCAGGCACUAAGAAGUGUCUUCAGCCACUGCCACCAUUUUCCUUUCCACUAGCCACCCCUCCCACCUGAUGCCAUCACUGUCAGUGUUCUCAGAAAUCUGCUGCCAGCCCAGCGAUGACAUACUAGCUCUUUGCAUAAUUCACUCUGACAAUCCAUGAUUUAGGCAGAGAAAUUGCUCAGUACUUUGUCUGAAGAAACAUAUGUAAAAGUAUAAAGGGGAAACAAUUAGAACUGAUACAAAAAAAUGAGUUGAGGACUAGAGGAUCAGGAAUUAUGCUUAAUGAAAUCAGAAUGAGAAAGGGCUUCCACCCUUUUAAUACGGAUGCAAAAAGCAGUUUCAUCACCUACAGUUUGUUCCACUACUGUAGCAUAAGAUGAAACACACAAGGAGGAGAAUUACAUGGUAAAUUCAUACUGAGGAGUCUCAUUUCAGACAAGGUGUGGAAAGUGCUCAUUUGAAUGUUUUCCUCUGUGAAAAUUUCCUUCCACAUCCAAAAACUGACAUCCUGGGGGAAGGUUUUAGAUUAGUCUCCUCCCUGUAACACAUCAGUUUCCUGUGUUCAGGGAGAUUUCUCCAUCAGGGAGCAUUUAAAGAUGGAAAGUGCAUGGAACGAUGGUACAUAUGGAGAGGGUUUAGAAUAUAAUUUUUUUUUUUUAAAAAAUGUGGAAAACAGAAACAUGUAAACCUAUGUUUAUUUUAGUGGCAUCAUAGUGGAAACAAUUAUAAAUUCUUGAAACACUUGAAAAGCUAGGUGUUUGUCUAAAUUUCUUCCUCAUCCCUUUCUUUGUUUUUCCACAUUGCUAAGGAAGAUGUCCCUGUCUUUUCUGUUCUGACCAAGCAACUGAGAUCAGGCCCUUACUUCUUCAUCUUUGAUGUCACUCCCAGUGGAGCCCUCAAGAAAAUCUAAUUUUGGCCCACAGUUCAAUGCGGUAAUACUGAAUAAUGACAAAGGAAGUGUGGAAUGUUUCAAACCUAAAAGACAGAGAACAUUUGAGGAUUGAUUCAAAUUUAUUGCAGAAUGGGACAUUAUGUUAGUUUAAAACUUGCCACAGAACUGAUUAGUUUCCUUGCUGCUUACUUGUUUACCUCGUGAUGGAUGGUAUUAAUCAUGCAUAUUAUUAUUUUGAAAGUGGCAGCAAAGCUUUCUAUCAGCAGAUUCAUUUAUGGAAAAUAUCAGUGGAGAUGCAGCUGAUGCAAACCGAACACUGUUUGAGAUUUAUAAACAGUUGAUUCAGUCGUUGAUUUAUGUCUGCCUUUGUCAGUUCUGAUUGUGAGCAAGUCAACAUACUGAUCACUCCACUCUGAUUUUAUUUUGCUGCUUCACUGAAUGACCCAAGAUAUGCUAGAAUUAUGUGCCAGAUAGAAGUUGCCAUGGUUGUGUGCAGCUAUCCAAAAGCACCCAGCUAUUCUUCAUUUUCUCUCUCUUGAAAUUUUUUUACAGCAAGAGCCAAUACAAAAGAUUUCUAGCCAAGAAUGCUGGUUUAUAUUUAAGACCAAUUAAAAAAUUGAUUUGUCACCCAAGUUGUAGAUAACUCUUUUCAGUCACUCUAUUUCUGGAAAGGGAAAUAGUGGCUUCGUCUGAUAUUUGACCGACGAACUGAAAUCUUGGCUCUGAAAUUGGACAAAAUUGAGAAAACCCUAUUAUUAGCCCUAGCCCUAGCCCUAAUUGUUGUAUUUGAUAAAAUGGUAAAAUAAAUGACUUGAAUAAU